AGAUCAAUGAACUGGUGGAUGCAAGGGACUUGAACAUGGGGGCAUGGUUUGAGGCCCAGAUCGUCAAUGUUACGAAGACAGCAAAGACUCCGAAAGAGGAGGCAGCUGAGGCACAGCCAGCGGAGGAGGAGAUACUGUACCAUGUUAAAUAUGAAGACUACCCAGAGAACGGUGUGAUUCAGUUGCUAGUCAAGGAUGUUCGCCCACGGGCCCGUACUGUGUAUCAGUGGCACCAGCUGGAGCCAGGAAUGGUCGUUAUGGUCAACUACAACCCAGACGACCCCAAGGAGCGCGGCUACUGGUAUGACGCUGAGAUCCAGAGGAAGAGGGAGACACGCACUGUGCGAGAGAUCUACGCCAAGAUUAUCCUCGGUGAUGCUGGGGACUCUCUUAAUGACUGCCGGAUCAUGUUCCUGACCGAAAUCUACAAAAUCGAGGAGCCUGGUUCUCUGGGUGACACCCCAGCUGGAUCUGACAGUCCACUCAAAAGAUCAAAUGGCCCUGAGUGCAAGCGCUGUAAGGAUGAUCCCAAAAAAAACUGUCAGUGGUGUAAUUGCAAAAUCUGUGGCAUCAAGCAGGAUCCUGACAAACAGUUGUUGUGUGAUGAAUGUGACAUGGCCUUUCACACUUACUGCCUGAACCCUCCGCUCACCUCCAUCCCAGAAGAUGAGGACUGGUAUUGCCCAGGUUGCCGUAAUGACGCCAGUGAGGUUGUGUUGGCUGGAGAGAAGCUGAAGGAGAGCAAGAAGAAAUCUAAGAUGGCCUCUGCCAGCUCCUCCAGCCAGAGGGACUGGGGCAAGGGAAUGGCCUGUGUUGGUCGAACCAAGCAGUGCACUAUUGUCCCGUCCAACCACUACGGCCCAAUACCCGGCAUCCCCGUCGGCUCACUGUGGAAGUUCAGAGUGCAGGUCAGUGAAUCUGGUGUCCACAGGCCACACGUAGCUGGGAUUCAUGGCAGAAGCAAUGAUGGCGCCUACUCUCUGGUCCUGGCAGGAGGCUAUGAGGAUGACGUGGAUGAUGGUAAUGAGUUCACUUACACUGGCUCUGGAGGGCGAGAUCUUUCUGGAAACAAGAGGACUGCUGAGCAAUCUUGUGAUCAGACACUUACCCACAUGAACCGGGCGCUGGCUCUCAACUGUAACGUCCCUGUCAAUGACAAAAAUGGAGCCGAGGCUAAGAACUGGAAAGAAGGCAAACCGGUUAGAGUUGUGCGCAGCUGCAAGGGUCGCAAGCACAGUAAAUAUUCCCCUGAAGAAGGAAACCGAUAUGAUGGGAUAUAUAAGAUAGUGAAGUACUGGCCAGAAAAGGGAAAGUCUGGCUUCUUGGUCUGGCGGUAUCUGUUGAAGCGUGAUGAUGAUGAGCCGGCACCAUGGACCAGAGAUGGCAAGGAACGCAUCAAGAAGCUCGGUCUAACCAUGCAGUAUCCUGCUGGCUACCAGAAAGAGAAAGAGAACAAAAAUGAAGUGGAGGAAGCGGCAGCAACACCCAGCAAAGCGAAGAGGAAGAGAAAAUCUCAGGGCAGUGACUCCAAGACCUCACCAGCCAAGACUACUAAGAAAGUAAAGGUAGAAGUGUACAAGCUUACCAAGGAGCAGAAAUCUCUUAUCAAGAAUGACGAGCAAAACAAGAAGGUGUGGGAUGAAGCCAUGGGGUCACUGUCUCUUGGGCCGAAAUUCUUGAACAAAGUUGAAGAAGUUUUCCUCUGCAUUUGCUGUCAAGAAGUGGUCUUUCAGCCCGUCACCACAGAGUGCCAACACAAUGUCUGCAGGGAAUGCCUUCAGAGGUCCUUCAAAGCAGAGGUGUACACCUGCCCGGCCUGCAGGCACGACCUGGGCAAAAACUACUCCAUGGCCGUCAACAAAUCCCUGCAAGACAUUCUAAAUCAGUUUUUCCCAGGGUACAGCAACGGGCGAUGAUCAUUGGUUCUGCCUACUCAACCCUCGAGGAAACGUGAUGUAAACUGUAAGGGGAAUUUUCAGUAGAGGCAAUAAAGAAUCAGUUUCUCUUAAUAUAUUUUUUAUGAUUUAUAAAACUACAAGUUUUGUGGACUUCAAUGCUACCAUUUUUCGCCUUUUUGAUCUGCCAUGAUGUGUAGUUAAUGAUAAAUUGGAAGUUCCUUUGUAAGUGUACCAUUACUCCGUUAAUGCCUUCAACCGUGAUUUUACUCCCAGCGUUUUGUUUUGUUCCAUUAACUAAUGCUAAUGUUAUCCAUAAUGUAAAAUGUUACUUUUAACUACAUCCCUCCAUGUUUAGCACUCAUUAAGGGAACGUUACGUCAAAAGUGGUUUAGCCGUUUGCCCAACUUUUUUGGAGAUUCUUUUGUAUACGACUGUUAGAAUCUGGAUCGUAUCUGGUCUGCCGUUAGUUUGGCUGUGGUUGGUUGGUUGUUGUUUUGGUGCAAUUAUCUGAUCUUGCAGUUGCUGGCCUACAUUCACAUCUGACCUUUAAGACUGUUAAGCGUCUCCUGUAGUUCUUGUCUGUACUGUACUUUUUAAAUUCCCCCUGCCUAUUCGGUUUGUUUUUACACAACACAAUGCAGGUCAAUUUCCUGUUAAGAAAUCAGUUGACGCACAACUAGAGAAAUGGACUAUAUAGAAAAUGUGACACUUUGUUUGUCCUGGCAUGAUCAGAUGAUUGAAAUUGCACCAACAAAUAAUUUCUUAAGAAAAUAAGCUUUCUGAAACUAAAGUUGCUCCAUAAAAGGUGGAUGAGCUCUGACAUACAACCACAAACUGAACAAGUUCAAAAACAAAAUCUGCUCCUCAGCUUUUUGAGACAGUGUCUUGUCGGGGAGGGGUGUCAUCAAGUGUGAUUGGCUUUUCUAACUUGUGUAUUGGUUCCUUUAAAUGUUUUCACAUAGUAAUUUUUAUAUUUGUAUAUGAAAGUUGGUUUAAAAGUUACUAUGAAUUUGAUAAAACCUUUAUAGCUAAACAUGAUAGAUUCUUGAGGCCGUUAUAUUCUUUGGUAUAGAAAUGUAUUUCCCCAUGUUUUGAAGAGGUUCACUUUUUAUAAAGCCCAAAGAAGCAAAAGUGCUUAACCAAGAGUGUAAUGUAGAACUCCCAUCUAUCUAGCUCUUUAGACAUUGUCCCUGAUGCUCAAACCUAAUUGAGUCUAGAAACUGUUUUUGUUUUUUGCUAAAAUAAAAAUUUGUACUUUUGA